GGUUGACAUACCUUGUACCUAGGUAAUUUUAAGCUACAUCAUUAUAUGCCGUUCUCUCUAUCCCAAAGCCGAACCUUACCGGAGUCUUUACUUACACCUGUAGGUACAUUGGUAGGUAUGAAUAUAUUUAAUAACUACCUACCUACAUAUAGGUAUAGCUCGCCGGUCUACAAACGUAAUAAAACAUUCAUCACCAAUUCAUAUCCUCUUUGGGUUCUCUUCCGAGUAGAGAGUCCAUAAAUUUCGACUCGAUCAUUCUUCUAUUUAUAGAGCUUAUUGCGGUUGGAUACAGUCAUAAUUAUUGAGCUGCGCCAGUGAGAGAGUAGGCGUAACCACGAUGGACAAAGAUAAUAGCGAGAGCGCAACUCCUCGGGACGCAAAAGGCAAAGGUAUUGCAACGAAAAUAGAUGACUUGUCGUCCGAAUCAACAGCGCAAGAUGGGCAUUCGGGAUCUGUUGAAGUAACCUCAAAAACGACCUCAUUCAUAUCAAGAUUGAGCGCAUCCGCGGGAAAGCUCACUAAUGAGAUGGUUUUACGACAUCCUAGCGGCGCCUCUCUAGCAGACGCCUUGCCCUCGGAUAAAGCUGAAUCUUCCAGGCCCCAGAGAGGCGCCGGUGUGAAUGAGGCGUCAAUGUGCAGGGGUAACUUAGCCCAGGGGACGAUUCCGGAUACGUUUAAAUCUUUACCGAGACAGGAGCAAGAAGUCCCAAGUGAAUCCAGCUUCUCGUCCUUUCUAAACAGCACAAGCAUAUUAGGAGAAACGGAGCCUAGUGGCAUCAAGACCGGGAGAUCCGAGAAGAUACACGAACCUGUACCUGGGGGGACACAGCAAACUAGACCAAUAAUCAACACAACCGAUGGCAUGGACGUUGUUGAUUUUCUCGAUUUAGGGUAUGACGAAGUUGAGGAAAUCGAUACCACCUUGACGGACACCGAACAAGCAGCCCUACGUCAUCGUCUUUUCGAGAAUGGCGAGCCCGGGGAACAUGCCCCAAGGGGACGGUGGGACGAUGCUCUAAACUUCUUUCCCGGUCUUGGGCCAAAUAGUAGCAGCAUACAGGAAUACGCCGACUUACUCGGCACAUCAGAUCUGGAAGAAGCUAAGAAUAUCUGGGUUGGCCAGUGGCAAGGGGUCCUCACCAGUUAUACGGAUGAAGUGUGGGGAGAGCUCAGGUCUCUCGUAAAGGUGGCUCGAGAGGAGCUUACUAACAUUUCGGAGCCUCAUGAAGAAGCCUCUCCUUCGAAGUUAAAGGCAGUGCGAAGGCUUCAGCAGCUUUUAAGUCAUAUCCGCGGGACACGGAGUACCGCAAGCUCAUGAGCUCAAAACAGGGCAUGUAAGAUAUUCCUUCGCUGUUCCUCGACCCGGAAUUUAGGGGGAAACAUAUGUAAAAUGUAAGGGGGCCACUGUAUUAUAAUGAUAUUCGUGAUAUGUGACCUUCUCUAAAGAGAAUUGCGUUAUAUAAUAUUGCAUAGGUAGCAACUGUGUAUGUUAAGAGAUAAUUAUGAUACCCGAGGUUAUAACGUUAUUAGCUAGUCCCAUAACUAUAAUAAUUUAUCCUGCACUAUUUCUACAUUAUUCCUAACCUACACCCUAUGCAAAGCCUGUCUUAAGCAUCGUGAAAUGAUUGGAAUGCGGUCUGUCACUACAAUUCUCCCGCGAUAGACGGUUUUAUAUUUCUUUCUUUCCACCAGAACGUACGAGAAGAAAAGUACCUAAUGUACAUAGCCAAGGAUAAUGGAGUUGUAAGGAUCUAAGUGGAUGCCGAGUUGGCGAUUGGGAGAAAAUCUUCCUGUAGAUGCCUUGUUGCAUGCUUGGGUCAAGACUCAAGCUUGUCUGUGCC